GCUACCUGUUCUUCCUACUCCAUAGAAAGAGGAUUUUACCGAAUGAUGUUUCACUGCUAAGGCUUACCAAACUACCGGAUGGCUGCACAGGUUAUGUGAAGUUCAGGGAAUGACGAUACCGAUAGCACAUACAAUGAUACAUGGAGCCAGAACUCAGAUCAAAAAAAUGCAGGUGCUCCUGGCUUUUUUGACCCAAAGUGUCGGAGGCUGCUUUGGCGACCAAAUUACAGACGACGGGGGAGAGUCAUACGAUACAGAGCCUGCACAUUGCGACAGGGAUCUGUUAGCUGGACCCGGACAGGAGCCGCUGCAGCCAAAAUUCUCCUUCUUCGAUGUGGUCUCACGUUCUAGCUGUUCCACUCACUCUGACUUCAGCUUCAAAAACGACAAGCUUGCACUGGGACUGUCGAGAAGUGACGCCAACUCAGGGCUGCCAGACAUCUAUGAACUUAGGACGGACGCAGCCAGGGCUUCAGAAGUCCCGUGCUCCCUUUUUCCUGCCAUAGACUACUCUCAGUUCAACCCGUCGGAUCCCAACUACAUUCCGCUCUUCCCCUGCUCGAUGGUACCCAGCUAGCCGGCUAGCACACCGCAGCACAUGCUGCCCACAGACCUUUUCUAAACAUAUAUAUUCCACCAGCCUUUAAUGUAUCCACUCUGUUCCUCGCCCUGACCUACAACACAAGUUACCCAUCAAUGUGUCAAACCUGAGUCUAGCGAAUUCCUCGGAAAAGCUGUCAAACGUCCGAGUUCUUCUUGCCGCCGGUACCGGAUCUCUACAAACGCCGAACGCCGAAGAAAAUGCCGUUGCCGCGAGGCGAAGCGGAAUAGAACCCCCGGCUU